AUGUUCUGGAAUGAUGGACGUGCUGUGAAGAGAGCAAAUGACAUUGAUGAGGUUGAGGGACGAUAUGUGUCCUUGAAGCUGAGUGACAUAAUUGAGGCUGGAAAUAGUACUAUCACUGCGGAAGAUACAAGGUUUGCCUUGUCGCAGUAUGCCAACAAGGUGGUUCACAUCACUGGGAACAGCAGUACCAACAUGGUCAUCCAAGAUCCUCUCUUUGGAAUCAACGGGAAGGUGAAAAUGUACCAAUGGCAAGAAGAGGAACACUCUGAAACCGACGACAAGGGCAACACGGAUACCUACUACACCUAUAAAAAAGUGUGGUCUGAUGAGUACUACGAUUCUUCGUAUUUCCAGGAGUCUGGACAUGACAAUCCAGACUUUCAUGAAAUGAGUGCUCAGAAGAAAGAACAUCUGGAAGUCAGCGAUUCGGGACAAUCCUUCUACUAUCAUUACACCGUUACCACAUCUAGGAGCACUAAAACAAGACCCAAGGUUGGAGACACCACCAUCGGCUUCAAGGUUAUCUAUCCCUCCAAAACAAGUAUCAUUGCUUUUUACGAUGUGUCCAGGCUUGGCGUAUACACUACGGAAGGGGAUCGACCAUUCAUUGAGGUGGAACACGGGAGUAAAGAUGCGGCAACCAUGCUCCAGAAUGCUCGCGAUGAAAAUACUGUCGAUGCCUGGAUCCUCAGGGCCAUUGGAAUCACAGUACUGUUUUGUGCGACUUGUGUGAUACUGGACCAACUAUCAAUGGCAGCCGACAUUAUUCCCUGCAUUGACAACUGCUUGUCAGAAUCAUAUAGAUCACAUUGCAUGCUUCUUAUAGUGGCCUGUAUGAUUUCCGUGCCUUUGGCACUCUUUGUCAUCUCUUUGGGGUGGUUGUGGUACAGACCUCACAUUGCUUGGCCACUUGUUGCCAUGGGAUUUGUGCUUUUUGUUGGAUUUUGCUGGUGGGCCAAGGACAAAGUCAAUUUCAACAGCAGCAAUCAUCCUGUGCCAACCGAAAUCAAGCCAUUUGGUGUCACUCCAGAAAACGACACGACUGAGCCAGAUAUUGAACUUGGAAAACCCACUGCAGUCGGGGCUGGCCAGGAGGAACCAGACAUACCGGUGGUGGUUGGUGCACAAGAACCCGACAUUGACCUGACCAAUACUCCAAAUAACCAAAACGAUCCUCAGGUUUUCAAAGCACCCUAA